AUGGUUCCGCAACCGCCUCCUCCGGCCGUGAAUGCUCAGUACAACCAGCAAUUCCUCAACAACGUCCUCUCAACACGCGCCUUACCGUACGUAGAAGACGUCAAAUGGCUCAUCCGGCAACAUCUUCUAGCUCUCUCCGAGGCGUAUCCUUCUCUUCAAAUCAAGACGUCGUCGUUUACCCACAACGAUGGCCGCUCCGUCAACCUUCUCCAAGCGGAAGGGACCGUUCCGAUGGUGUUCCAGAACGUGACUUACAACAUCCCGAUCCAAAUCUGGCUCAUGGAAUCUUAUCCUCGCCACGCUCCACUGGUAUAUGUUACUCCAACUCCUGAUAUGAUUAUCAAACGUGGCCAUCCUUUUGUUAGCCCUGACGGUGUCGUUUCUAUUCCUUAUUUGCAAAAUUGGGUUUAUCCUAGUUCUAGUUUAGUUGAAUUAGCUCGGAAUUUGUCCCAUUUUUUCGGCCGUGAGCCACCUGUAUAUUCCCAGCGCCGCCCUAAUCCGAACCCAAACCCAAACCCUAGUUUUCCCAAUCCAAAUACUGUUGCUGUUAAUACUCCCAAUCCGGGGUUGGGCCCAAAACCUGCGAUACCGCCUAGGGUGACUCCACCGUACCCUCCGUCGCCGUAUACUGCUGGUGGAGGGAACAUGUCGGGAAGGAUAAUGGAUGACCCUAGUGAGGUUUAUAAGAGGAAUGCCAUGAAUAAGUUGGUGGAGACUGUUUACAGUGAUAUGGUCGGGCUGAGGAAAUCUAGGGAGGCAGAAGUUGAAGGAUUAAUAAGUGUGCAAGCAGCCUUAAGGCAACGUGAGAAUCAGCUGGCAAAUGGGUUGAAGGAGAUGCAGGAUGAGAAGGAAAUACUGGAACAGCAGUUACAAAUGGUGUUGAUGAAUGCCGACGUGAUGGAAACGUGGUUGAAGGAGAAUGGUGAGAAAUUGGGAAAAUUGGGAGGUAAUGUUGAUGUGGAUCAGGCAUUUGAGCCAUGUGAUGCCUUAUCUAAGCAACUGAUUGAGUGUACAGCAUUGGAUCUAGCUGCUGAGGAUGUUCUAUAUGCCUUGGAUAAGGCAGUCCAGGAAGGGGCGAUACCCUUUGAUCAAUACUUGAGGCAUGUGAGGCUAUUGUCACGUGAUCAGUUUAUUCACCGGGCAACAUCAUCGAAGAUCAGAAACGCUCAAAUGCAUGCCCAAGUUAGUAAUAUGGCUUCUAGGAUAUCACAUUCUUACAUUAUCAUUUCCCACACGAUGAACAAAUCCAUGACCAUUUUCAUCUUCAGCAUCCUCUGGUGUUAUCACCUAGUCAACCCAGUUAGAUCAGACGCCUCUGAUCAACGUUACAAACCUGGAGACCCUGUUCCCCUCUAUGCCAUAAAGAUUGGCCCUUUUCACAAUCCCAGUGAAUCUUACCAAUAUUACGACCUUCCUUUUUGUUUACCAGAUCAUGUGAGAAAGAAGAAUGAAGCUGCACAUAACGAUACAAAUGGAGAUCCUAUCAUUCAUGGUCCAUAUGACCUGGAUUUCUUGGUUAACAAAGAGUCUGUUAUCCUCUGCAAAAAGACCUUAACAAUCAAUGAAGUUGUUCAGUUUCGGAAAGCUGUUGGCAAAGACUACUACUUCGAAAUGUACUAUGAUGACUUGCCCAUUUGGGGACUUAUUGGAAGGGUAGAUAGAGAAGGAAGAGAUGAAAGCAACUAUGCAUAUCUAUUUCGACACCUGAGCGAGGAUAAGGAAGUUGAAGCUGAAUUUACCUAUUCUGUAAAGUGGAUGAGAACAAAUAUUCCCUUUGAAAAUAGGUUGGAUAAAUUCUUGCAACCUUCUUUACCACGUCAUCUAGAAAUUCAUUGGUUUUCAAUUAUAAACUCCUGCACCAUAGUGCUACUGUUAACUGGUUUUCUCGGAGCAAUGCUCACGCGAAUCAUUAGGAAUGAUUUUAUCAGGUACAGAUAUGAUGAGAAUUCAAUGAAUGAUCAAGAAGAAAGAGGGUGGAAGUACAUUCAUGGUGAUGUCUUUCGCUUCCCAAAAUACAAGUCAGUUUUUGCCGCUGCUAUUGGUUGUGGCACACAAUUGUUUGCAAGUACAGUGUUCAUCUUUCUACUUCGGUUUGUUGGCUAUUUCCACCCACAAAAUCAAGGAGAUCUACUUAUGGCAUUGUUGGGGGUAAAUGCUGUUACGUCUGGAAUCGCUGGUUACACGGCAUCUUCUUUCUACCGUCAGCUUGAAGGAACUGAUUGGGUACAAAACUUGCUGUUGACAUGGAGUCUUCUCAAUGUACCUCUAUUCCUCACAUUUUGUCCCCUCAAUUCCAUCGCUGUAGCAUUCAGUCCAAGUGCUGCUCUUCCGUUUGGAACAGUUAUGAACAUAAUCCUCCUAUGGACAUUAGUAACAGCAUCAUCGGUUCUUUUGGGUGGAAUUAUGGGAAAGAAUAGAAGGAGGGAGUUUCAAGUUCCAUGCCAUAACUCCAAGUAUCCUAGGGAAAUACCAGGGCAACCUUGGUACCGCUGCACCAUUUCUCAGAUGGCAAUGGCAGGAUUUUUCUCAUUUAGUGCAAUAUAUAUCGAGCUUUACCAUGUACUUCAAAGUGUCCGGGGUCACAAAAUCGACACUAUAUUCAGCAUCCUGUUUGUUGUCUUCAUUAUUCUACUCAUUGUGACUGCCUUUGUCACCGUGGCACUGACAUAUUUUCAGCUUGCAGCUGAAGAUCAUCAAUGGUGGUGGAGGUCGUUUCUCUGUGGUGGAUCAACUGGCAUCUUCAUCUUUAUCUACUGCUUGUUCUACUGUCAAUCUGAGAUGUUUAGCUUCAUCCAAACUUCAUUCUUCCUGGGCUACAUGGCUUGCAUCUGCUACGGAUUCUUUCUUAUGCUCGGAACUUUAGGUUUCCUUUCGGCUUUGUAUUUCGUCUGCCACAUUUUCUUAUCUAUUAAGUUGGAGAAAUUGACAAAAUGGGUGGUGUCUGAAUCUCCACAUAAUAUGUCAUAUCAGAGACAUCAACAAGUUCAAACCUUCCGUUCCCUAUUUUGUAAGCAAAGCUUCCACCCUGAUAUUCUGACAAAUUCUGGAGGCAUUAACUUCAGGACUAAUCCAUCCCCGGAGCAUAUUCUUGUUUCCUUGAUGGCUACAUCUUCCAUGAUGCUACUAUUGAACCAGAUACAACUUCCACUGGCUUUUCUUGCUCGAACUUAA